UGAAAUACCAGGUUCUGCGGAUGGUGCAUGAUGGCAGCUGUUGGGAAAGCAGGUCCGAGAAGGCACAAGGUGUCGUUGCUCUGUCGAUUCUUGUCAUCUUCUCGGUAACGUUGGGAGAGCUUAAAUGGCUGCUGUAUCCUUGGAUGGUAAAUGUUUUCCGUGUAACUGCUAGUCGUUUUAGAGGUGCUCGUGUGACACCAUAGCUCUGUGCUUGAUAAAGCAUCUCUGUAGCUUCAUGCCCUUAGUCUUUGCUUGCAAGCAGGAAGCAGUGACUGUAAUUUAAUAUGAAAAUGUCUCUCUUCCAGGUCAGAGCGGAGCAGGAAAUAACUGGGCAAAGGGCCACUAUACUGAAGGUGCUGAAUUAGUUGAUUCAGUGUUAGAUGUUGUAAGAAAGGAGGCAGAAAGCUGUGAUUGUCUCCAGGGCUUUCAGCUUACUCACUCUCUUGGUGGUGGCACUGGCUCUGGCAUGGGUACCCUCCUAAUCAGCAAAAUUCGUGAGGAGUACCCAGACCGAAUUAUGAACACUUUCAGUGUUGUACCCUCCCCUAAAGUAUCAGAUACUGUAGUAGAGCCCUACAAUGCAACACUUUCUGUGCACCAGCUCGUGGAGAACACAGAUGAAACAUACUGUAUUGACAAUGAAGCACUCUAUGACAUAUGCUUCAGAACGCUGAAGUUAACUACUCCAACAUACGGUGAUCUGAACCAUUUAGUGUCAGCAACCAUGAGCGGUGUUACCACCUGCCUGCGUUUCCCAGGCCAGCUUAAUGCUGACUUGCGUAAGCUAGCAGUUAACAUGGUUCCCUUUCCCCGUUUGCACUUUUUCAUGCCUGGUUUUGCCCCGCUCACAAGCCGUGGGAGCCAGCAGUACCGCGCUUUAACUGUACCAGAGCUAACGCAGCAGAUGUUCGAUGCGAAAAAUAUGAUGGCGGCAUGUGACCCACGUCAUGGCCGCUAUCUCACAGUAGCUGCUGUUUUCAGAGGGCGCAUGUCAAUGAAAGAGGUUGACGAGCAAAUGCUUAAUGUGCAAAACAAAAAUAGCAGCUAUUUUGUUGAAUGGAUUCCCAAUAACGUUAAAACAGCGGUCUGUGACAUUCCACCUCGUGGCCUGAAAAUGUCUGCCACGUUUAUUGGUAACAGUACGGCUAUCCAGGAGCUCUUUAAACGCAUUUCUGAACAAUUUACCGCUAUGUUCCGCCGGAAGGCUUUCUUGCAUUGGUAUACUGGUGAGGGCAUGGAUGAGAUGGAAUUCACAGAAGCUGAGAGCAAUAUGAACGACCUGGUGUCUGAGUAUCAGCAGUACCAGGAUGCUACAGCUGAGGAAGAGGGGGAGUUUGAAGAGGAGGCUGAGGAAGAGGCAGAAUAAAACCUAUGCAAAUGAACACCUGUAAAUUUUGUUUAAAGCUGUAUGAACUCUUUCAUUCAAAACUUCUCUUGUCUGUGUUGUGUUCCUCUUCCUGUUUCAAAGUCACUUCAAAUGCUGUACAGGCAUCAUUAAAGUUUUUUUCGCAGUGCA